CAACUUUGGGAAAGAGUUUCCGGAAUUAUUUGAUUAUUAUUCGAAAAAUCAAGAUCAACUAGAAGAAACAUGAGCUAUCCGUAUGGAGGGGGUGGAUAUGGAUAUCCAGGUGGACAACAGCCGGGAUAUCCUCAGCAGGGCGGAUAUCCCCAGCAAGGAGGCUACCCACAGGGCAAUGUGUCCAUGCCGACCCCCGAGUCUGCCAAUGCAGCAGCCUAUGGAUCAUCUGGUGGGUACCCGGCAAACCCUGGGGCCCCGGGACAGAUAGGAUUCGGGGGUGUUUCCCAAGGUUUCAACAGUGGACCUGGAUACGGAGCUCCACAGCCUGGUUUUGGGGGUGCCCCUCAGCCAGGGGGAUACCCCCAGCCACAAGCCGGAGGAUAUCCUCAACAACCGGGUUAUGGUGGAGCUCCCCCACAGCAGUCAUUUGGAGGACCCCCUCCUCCUUCUCAACAGAAUAUGUACGGAGGACCAGGAUUUGGAGGUGCCCCUCCCCAGCAACCCCCGGUCAGCAAUGCCCCAGGGUACCCCCAGCCAGGGGGAUAUGGGGCACCUGCUGCGGCCCAGCCUGGAUAUGGCCCCCCACAGUCACAACCACAAAGCUAUUCCAGCACACCUUCCUAUGGAGGAAACCCUGCAGUUUCUCAACCACCUGGACAGAGCUAUGGAGCACCCUCACAGAUGCCUGGUCAGAACUACUCCAACCCCUCUGCACCAGGCUACGGUCAGGGACAACCCUCCCAGGGUCCCAGUGCCGCUAACGCCUACAAAGCCAAGGAGGAGCCCACUCUUAGACCAGCAAGAAACUUUAGUGCAGAAAAUGAUGCAAACAUUCUAAGAAAAGCAAUGAAGGGAUUUGGCACUGAUGAAAAGGCAAUCGUAGAUGUUCUUGCUUACCGUUCAUGUUCCCAACGUCAACAAAUAAAAACCAUGUUCAAAACAAUGUUUGGAAAGGAUCUUGUGAAAGAUCUGAAGAGUGAAUUAGGUGGGAAGUUUGAGGACGUCAUUGUUGGUCUAAUGAUGUCAGAACCAGAAUAUGAUGCCUAUGAACUGAAGAGAGCCAUGAAGGGACUGGGAACAGACGAGGAUGCCAUGAUUGAGAUUUUGUGUAGCCGUACCAACCAACAGAUCCGAGACAUAAAUGAUACAUACAAACGAAUGUAUGGUAGAACUUUGGAGCAGGAUAUUGUCAGUGAUACUUCUGGGCAUUUCAAACGACUGAUGGUGUCCCUAGCUAAUGGAGGAAGGAUGGAGAACCAGGCUGUAGAUAUGAAGAAAGCCCAGGAUGAUGCACAGAGACUUUACGCUGCUGGAGAGAAGAAACUAGGAACAGAUGAAUCCACAUUCAAUGCCCUGUUGGCUUCCCAGAGUUACGAUCAACUUAGAGCUGUGUUUGAUGCAUAUCAAAAAAUAUCUGGAAAAGACAUAGAGCAAGUCAUCAAGAGUGAAAUGUCUGGAAAUCUGGAGAUAGGAAUGGUGGCUAUUGUUCGAGUUGUUAGAAACAGACCUGGAUACUUUGCUAGAAAACUUUAUCAUUCGAUGAAGGGGCUGGGAACAGAUGACCGAACUCUGAUCAGAAUUAUUAUAACAAGGGCAGAGGUUGACAUGGUUCAAAUAAAACAGGAGUUCCAGAAGCAGUUUGGCAAGUCCCUGGAUGGGUUUAUUAGGGACGACACUUCUGGGGAUUACAGGAAGGUACUUCUGGCCUUGGUGUCACAAGGAGGCUACUAAGUGAUUACACUAAUCACCCAAAGUACAAAAAUAAAAUAAAAAUAAGUAAAGACUUUAUCUAUAGUAUAUAGCAGCUUGGGAAUUAAUUAUCUAAUCAUGCAUGAGUGUAUAUACUUUAUUGUUAGCAUUGGGUCCCCAUAGUUUCAAUUAACAAUACUGUAAUGUUUUCAUUGUUGUUAGAAUGUGAGGAGUGUUUUCAAUUAAAAUAAGAUAGAUGUAUUAAUUUUAUAGAUGUGAUAAUCAAAUUGGGAAUUUAUCAAACUGUUAUGUAACUAGUUAGUUACUUGCAAUUAAAUAGAGGUUCAUUCUUAAUGAACACUAUUGACUAUUCUUAUAAAGUUAAUAAAUCUUACAUAGUCUUAAUAUAUUAUUAUUAUUAUUAAUAUUAUUAUUAUUAUCAUUAUUAUUAUAUUAUUAUAGCGAACAUGAUUGUGGAGUAUCUACCUGUACUUGCCAUUAAUCAGAAUUUAUUAGAAUUAUUGUUGUAUUAAAAUUUCUAAUAAUUUUCUUGUUUCAAAGAAAAUUCUUUGUUUAUAAAAUUGUGUGUAUUAAAACAUCAUUUAUAGAUUUUUUAAUAUAUUUAAGAUGGCUAGUUUGUUUUUUCUCGUUUUCAAUUACUACAUUACUGUACCAGCUUGUACAUAUAUUAUUUUCCAUAGAUAUCCUAAUACAAGCAAUAAACAGAGGGGUACAGUUACAGCUUUCGUAUGAUUAUACUUGUGGGUACCUUAUUUCUUAUUUUGGUAUUUUGUGAUUGUAUGGUAAUAUUAAAUAUAUAGUAGAUUCUCUCUAAAAUAUAAACAAAGUUGAGUUAGAUGUAAGUGGUGCAUAAAAAUAUCAUUUUAUUAAACAAGGGUUUACAGCAAGUAGACACAGCUGAUUAUAAAACAAUUGUUUCUUAUUUAUCUCUGCAUGAGAGUGAUUCAGUGUGAUACUGUGCCGUAGUAAACUAGUGGAGUUACCUGAACUUGUCAGUCUUUUAAUGUUGAAAGAAAAAGUGCUCAUGUCUAUCAGAAUGAUGUUUGUUGUUUCUUUAUUCAUAUUUCUUAAAUGUAUUUAUAGAUAUACAAAUGCCUUUUUUCUAAGUGUUAAUAAAAAUCUAUUUACAUCCA